AUGACUGGUCUCCACACAGUGCUCCUCCUGGCUGCAGGGCUCUCCGCCGUGCUGUCGAGUCCAGCCCCACGUGCUCUUUGGCAGUUCAGGGAGAUGCUGGUGUGCACCAUGCCAGACAGCUGGCCCCUUCUGGACUACAUUGACUACGGCUGCUACUGCGGCAAGGGCGGGUCCGGCACCCCUGUGGACGACCUGGACAGGUGCUGCUAUGUCCAUGAUAUGUGCUACAAUAAGUCCAUGCAAAUGGACGAGUGCUGGCCCAUCUUGGAUAACCCCUAUACUGAGAUGUACUCAUACAAGUGUGACAAACGUAACAAGACUGUGACCUGCAGUGACAGGAACGACACCUGUGAGAAGUUCAUCUGUGAGUGUGACAGGCAGGCGGCCAUCUGUUUCGCUGGAGCUGGCUACAACGAAGAGAACGAGCACCUCCCCAGCCGCUUCUGCCAGUAA